CGGGACUACAGCUCCCGACAGCCCCCGCGCGGCGGUGGUCACGUGACGCGGGUUCCCCCCCCGCAGGGGAGGGGGUGACGCGGCCACCGCCGGUGCCACCCGAGGGGGGGGAUACCCUAAAAUCGAGGUGACCCCCCCCCCCCCGACCCCCUAAACCACCCCCGGACACGCGGCCCCCUCCCCCUGCCAUCCAUAGGGGCAGCUGGGGCUGGCGAGGGGGCGGCGGGGGGGGGGGGGUCACACCCUUAAAAUUUUGGGGGGGGGGGGGGGGGGGGGAGACUGGGGACAACCAUGGCCGCCGAUCUGGGGGACCCCAAAACUCCCGCGUCCCCCCCCGCCCCCCCAAAACGCUUCUUCCGCAAGAGCGUGGAGGUGCUGGAGGAGGAGGAGCGGGGCGAGCGCGGCGGCGACCCCGGCCCGCGGGGCGACCCCCGGCUCGCGGGGGGCGAGGAGGGCGAGGAGGAGGCGGAGAUGAAGGCCGUGGCCACCUCGCCCGGUGGCCGCUUCCUCAAGUUCGACAUCGAGCUGGGGCGCGGCGCCUUCAAGACGGUCUUCAAGGGAUUCGACACCGACACCUGGGUGGAGGUGGCCUGGUGUGAGCUGCAGGACCGCAAGCUGACCAAGGCGGAGCAGCAGCGCUUCAAGGAGGAGGCCGAGAUGCUCAAGGGGCUGCAGCACCCCAACAUCGUCCGCUUCUACGACUCCUGGGAGUCCUCACUCCGCGGCAAGAAGUGCAUCGUCCUCGUCACCGAGCUCAUGACCUCGGGCACCCUCAAGACGUACCUCAAGAGGUUCAAGGUGAUGAAGCCGAAGGUGCUGCGGAGCUGGUGCCGGCAGAUCCUGAAGGGGCUGCAGUUCCUGCACACGAGGACGCCGCCCAUCAUCCACCGCGACCUCAAGUGCGACAACAUCUUCAUCACCGGCCCCACCGGCUCCGUCAAGAUCGGCGACCUGGGGCUGGCCACGCUCAUGCGCACGUCCUUCGCCAAGAGCGUCAUCGGGACCCCCGAGUUCAUGGCCCCCGAGAUGUACGAGGAGCGCUACGACGAGUCCGUGGACGUCUACGCCUUCGGGAUGUGCAUGCUGGAGAUGGGCACGUCCGAGUACCCCUACUCCGAGUGCCAGAACGCCGCCCAGAUCUACCGCAAAGUCACCAGCGGCAUCAAGCCGGCGAGUUUCCACAAGGUGACGGACCCUGAGGUGAAGGAGAUCAUCGAGGGCUGCAUCCGGCAGAACAAGGCCGAGAGGCUGUCCAUCCGGGACCUGCUGGACCACGCGUUCUUCGCCGAGGACACGGGGCUGCGCGUGGAGCUGGCCGAGGACGACGCGGGGCUGGACCCGGCGCUGGCGCUGCGGCUCUGGGUGGAGGACCCCAAAAAGCUCAAGGGCAAGCACAAGGACAACGAGGCCAUAGAGUUCAGCUUCAACCUGGAGGCCGAUGUCCCCGAGGAGGUGGCCUAUGAGAUGGUGAAAUCCGGGUUCUUCCACGAGAGCGACUCCAAGGCCGUGGCCAAAUCCAUCCGGGACCGGCUGGCGCUGGUGAGGAAGACGCGGGAGAAGAAGCAGGCAGAGGGCCGGGGGGGCCCCGAGAGCCGGGGGGGCCCCGAGAGCGAGGACACCGAGGUCGAUCAGCACGUGCGGCAGCAGCUGCUGCGGGAGCAGCCCCCGCCCUGCCCUGCUGAGGGGCUCCUGGACAACGCCCCCCCCGCAGAUGUCCCCGGUCCCUGCGGUGUCACCGGGGCACCUGAGCAGCUCUGGGGGUACCCACAGGGACCCCAGGAUGGGGUGUCCCCCCCUGUGCCACCACUGGUAAGUGCCCAUCACACUGGGGGGUCCUGGGGGGGGGUCCAGACCCCCCUGGCACUGCCUCGUGUCCUGCAGGUGACACAGGGGACCGAGGGGACAGCAGAGGAUGGCACUGGAGGAGCCACCAUGGAGCCACCUGGGCCGGAGAGGGACCCCUGUGGCUGUGGCGGGGGGUCGGUGACAGUGGGGGCACAGCCACAGGUGGCACCUGGGGCACCAGGGCCGGGGAUGGCACCAAGAGUGGCAGCAGGGGUGGCACUGCCAGCUGCGGGGGUGACAGUGGCUCCUGGAGUGUCACCAGCACAAGGAGUGCCACCUCCUACUGGAGUGCCACCAGCCUCAGGGGGGACACCAGCUCUGGGGGUGCCACCUCCAGUCGGAAUGCCACCAGCUCCGGGGGUUACACCAGCCCAGGGGAUGGCAUCAGUGCCUGGGGUGACACCAGCCCAAGGGGUGCCACCCCCAGCUGGGGUGCCACCACAGUUGGUCCCCAUGGUGCAGCUGCAGCCAGGCCUUGGGAUGCCAGGUCCAGGAAUGCCACCAGCCCAGGGAAUGCCCCUAGCCCAGGGGAUGCCACCAGCCCAGGGGAUGCCACCACAGCCAGUCCCUGCCAUGCAGCCGCAGCUGGUGCCGGGGAUGUCACCAGCUCCAGGGAUGCCACCAGUGGUGGGGAUGUCACCAGCUCUGGGGGUUCCACCGCUGUCCAUCAUGACAUCAGUCAUGGGGAUGUCAUCGGCCCCGGAGAUGCCAACUCCAUCCAUGAUGCCACCAGCACAAGGGAUGCCACCUCCAUCUGUGAUGCCACCAGUCAUGGGGGUGUCACCAGCCCCAGGGGUGCCACCUGCCCAAGAGAUGCCACCAUCAUCCAUGAUGCCACCAGCCUCAGAGAUGCCACCACCAUCUAUGGUGCCACCACCAUCUAUGGUGCCACCAGCCAUGGUGAUGCCACCAGCACAAGGGAUGCCACCAGCACAAGGGAUGCCAGCUCCACCCAUGAUGCCACCAGCCCAAGGGAUGCCAACUUCAUCUGUGAUGCCACCAACCCCAGGGGUGCCACCUCCAUCUGUGCUGCCACCAGCCCCGGGGAUGUCACAAGCUCCAGAGAUGCCACCACCAUCCAUGAUGCCACCAGCCAUGGGGAUGCCACAAGCUCCAGAGAUGCCACCACCAUCCAUGAUGCCACCAGCCAUGGGGAUGCCACAAGCUCUAGAGAUGCCACCGCUAUCCAUGAUGCCACCAGCCAUGGGGAUGCCACUGGCCCCAGAGAUGCCACCACUGUCCCCAAUGCCACAACCCCCAGUGCUCCCUGGCCCCGAGGACCCCUCGGUGCCCGCCGAGGCCGCGUCCCUGCUGCGUGUCCCCGAUGUCCCCGAUGUCCCUGGGCCACGUGCCCGGCAGCGCCGUGCGUCGUGCCAGCGCCCCGCCCGCUUCCAGCUCACCGUGCUGCAGGUGUCCUCAGCUGGGGACAACACGGUGGAGUGCCAGCUGGAGACCCACGACAGCAAGAUGGUCACCUUCAGGUUUGAUGUGGACGGGGACGCGCCCGAGGACAUCGCCUGCUACAUGGUCGAGGACAACUUUGUCCUGGAGGGGGAGCGGGACAAGUUCGUGGAGGAGCUCAAGGCCAUCGUGGCGCAGGCACGGGGGAUCCUCGGGACCCCUGCCCCGGACCCCCAGGUGGGACCCCUGGAGCCGCCAGCGGGUGGGGAAGGCCCCCCUCAGUCAUCGCCCGUGGGGCGCUGGAGGUUCUGCAUCAACCAAACCAUCCGGAACCGCGAGGCCACCGGCCCCGGGGGACCCCCACCCACCCGGAGAGCCCUGGGGACAUCCCAGGGGGGUUCCCAAGGACAGGGGACAAACAAGAGCGGAGCGUUGGAGCAGGACGGGCCGGGGGCGCCGGAGACGGGGGUCCCCAAAGCCCAGGACCUGGAUAUCCCCCAGGGCCAGGGGUCGGCUGUCCCCAAACCGGAGGAGCUGGGUGUCCCCCAGGCUUUGGGGACAGCUGUCACCGGUCCCCAGGAGGUGGCUGAACCCACGGCACCAGAGAGGAUUAACCCCGAACCCCAAGAUCUGGGGGCUCCCCAAGGCCUGGGGCUGAGUGUCCCCAGCUCUGGACAUCUGGACAUGGCUGUCCCCAAACCUCCGGAGCUCGAUGGCCACCGAGAGCCCCUCGUCCCUGGGGACGCAGAGCCGGGCGUCCCCCAGGAGCAGGGGACAGUCACUGCUCCAUGCGAGCAGGAGGGACCCAGGGAACCACCCGACCCCCCAGAGCCAGAUGUGUCCCAAGAGCCACCAGGUGACCCCCAAGGACUGGGGACAUUUGUCACCGGUGCUUGGGGGCAGGAGGGACCCCCGGGACCAGAGGCCGUGCCCCCCGCCCGCCCCCCGCCCGGGGGUGCCUCGUUCCCGCUGGGGCUGUGCCCCCGCCUGCGCAGCCCCCGCAAGGGCUGGGGGCGCCGCAUCAAGAGCUGGGCCCGGCGCCUGCGCCCCCCCUCCGUGGGCGGGGACCCCCACACAGAGGAGCCAGAGGAACUCGGGGACCCCCCAAGGCAAGGGCACUGCCAGCCACCCCCUGAGCCCACCGACCCCGAGGGCGACUGGGGGGGCCCCAGCUCGGGCAGCGAGAGUGGGGGGCUGGGGGGACCCCCACACCCCCCUGGGGCCCCCCUGCUCCCCCCGGGGUCCCCCGAGACCCCCCUGAGCAGCGAUGGGGACUCGGAGCCCGAGGACGAGGCGCUGCGGGAACAGCUGCGGCGGCUGCGGGAAAAGCACAUCCAGGAGGUUCUGGAGCUGCGGGCGCGGCAGGACCGGGAGCUGCGGGAGCUGCACCGGCGGCUCCGAACCCUCAAAGAGGCCCGGGGGGACCCCCCAAAAUGGGGAGGGGGCGGCGGGACCCCCCCCCAGCGCGGCCUCGGGGGGUCCCCGCGGCGGCCUCGGGGGGCCCGGGCGCGAGGGAGGGGCCGGGGAGUGGCCCUGACAGAAGCCUCAGCCCCCUCCCCGACUCCCCCGGCCCCCCCAAAAAAGGGGCUCUUCACCGACGACCUGCACCGGCUGGUGGACGAGUGGGUCCAGGACACGGCCAGGGCCCAGGCCACCUCCUCCUGGGUCUCCACCCUGCGUGGCACUCGUGGGACCCCCCGAAAAUGGGGGGAGCUGCCCCCCCCCAAACCUGUCCUGCGCGGGGGGGGCAGCCCCCUCCCCCCGGGGGCUGAGUGAGGAGGGGUCCCCGGACCUGAACCCCUCCAGCGCCCCUGAUUUUGGGUCAAAACCCCAAUUUUCAGCCCCCAAAUUGCUUUGUUUCACCCAAAAACCCCCUUGUUUUACCCCCCCCACAUUGGGUGACCCCAAAUUUCCAGCCCUAAAAUGACCUCAUUUCACCUCAAAAUUCCCCUUCUUUUGGGUCCUGUGCUGUGAUCCCUAUUUCUGGCCCCAAAAUUGCCUUGUUUUGCCCUAAAAUUCCCCUUUUUUUGGCUGCCCCUGUGGGCUGAACCCACUUUUUGGCCUCAAUUCACCCCCAAAUCCCCUUUUUAGGAUACUCAACACCCCCCCCCCCAAUUUCUGGUCCCAAAACCACCUAAUUUUGACCCCAAAUCCCCCCUUUUUGGCCCCAAAAGCUCUCUGUUUUAUCCCAAUCCCCCCGUUUUUGGGUCAUUCCCCCUUUGCAAGGUGACCCCACUUUCUGGUGCCCAAAAUCCCCUCAUUUCACCCCAAAAUUCCCUGGUUUUGUGCCCUGCCCACCUCAUUUUUCUGCCCUAAAUCCCUCAUUCUACCCCAAAAUCCCCUUUUUGGGCCUUUUCCCCUCUGCAUGAGGUGACCCCAUUUUUUAGCCCCCAAAUCACCUCAAAAAUCUCGUUUUUUGUGGCCUUUCCAUCCCUCUUUUUCACCCCCCCCCAAAUGUGAUGCCACUUGUUAGCCCCAAAAUUGCCUUGUUUCACCCCAAAACCCCUUUUUUGGGCUUAUCUCCCCUUUUUUUAACCCCCCCCACAACAUUGCCCCACUUUUUGCACCCCAAAUCACAUAAUUUCAUCCCAAAAAAUCUCUUUUAGGGCCUGCCCUUCCCCCUCAGGAUAUCAUCCCAAUUUUCAGCCCCAAAAUCUCCUAAUUUCACACAAAAAUCCCUUUUUUGGGCCUUGCCACUCUUUUUGUCCCCACACAAAGCGACCCAAAUUUUUAGCCCCUAAACGGCCUCGUUUUGCCCUAAAACACAAACGAUUGAAGCCCAACCUUUCAUUUAUCCAAAAAUUCCUUUUUUUCCCCUCAAAACACUCCAGAGCCCCCAAAAUUUCCGUUUUUCACCCAAAGUCCCUCACAGGUGUGGAAUUCUUCCUCAUGUGACCACAGCGGAGGCAGGUGGGCUGUACUGGGUUUACUGGUGACCCACCCCCCCACCCAUACUGGUCUUACUGGUGCAACAAACCCCUCUCAUUCCUGUACCCUUCCCUCAGCCCAUUUUUGGGUCAUUUUGUCGUGUUUUCCGCUCAUCUACCUCACCCCUUCACCAAGCCAGCGAGGUUUCGGGGUGAAUUCUCGGGUGUUCUGGUUCGAGAGGGUGGGGAAGGCGUUUGUUUUGCGGGGAAAUUGUUAAAAAGCGCGAAAAAAAAAAAUCCUAAAAUUUAAGAAAUAAAAGCGUGGCUGGUGCGCGCCACUCCCAAAAUGGC